GCAGCGCUCUUGUGUAGUUUAGUGGUGGGGGUAGCUGAAAGGGGUUAUACAGCAAGUGAGAUGUUCGGUACUGAGGGGGACGGCGGCGGGCCAGGUGUGAGUAUACCAGACGGGUGUAUUAUAUAGGUCAGUGUCCGGGAGGCUCCAGGUGUGUUUUGAACACGUUGCUAACUAACUACAAACCUGAUCAGAGGAGACGUCAUCCGAAUAGGAGAGUGGAUGGACGUGUCUGUCAUCUGUGUAACCUAGGGAGGAGUGUGACAACCAGGAGUCCCAGCUAAACAUUCAUUCCUCUCUGAUCAUUCUGCACCCGUUGGAAUCAUCUAUACCCUAUGGAUUAAUCGAUCUGAUGCACUAAGAAGAGAAGUUCUAGUUGAAGGAUAUGACCGUGGUCGUCUAUGAAUCAAAUAGCAUGGAUACUUUAUAUUUGAAGAGUUGGCCUUGCUUUUGGAAAAGUUUCUUGGAUGUGUGACUUACGUCUUCAUUUACAAUGAUCCUUUAUGUUGGAGAUAAGGCUGACUUUCUGAGAACUAUAUGAAUCUGGUGUAAACGUUUAAAUGUGCAAGCUCCCCAGAAUGUAUCUUACUAGCAGGAAGUUAAGAAGAUGCCAGUUUCUUCAAGUAAUGGCCUCUUGUUUUGUGGUGUCUUUCAUGCUGAUGUGGGUUCAGGAUGACAAUGAUUUUGUAAACCACAUAAAAUCUUACUCCUACCGAUAUUUUAUAAACCGUUAUGGUUUUGUGAAUAGUAGCUUGACCGUUGUGCGAGAGAAAUCUGACAGCUCGAGGAACUUCAAGUACUUGAUUAGUAAUAAAGACAAAUGCCAGGAGGAGGAUGUGCUGCUCCUGCUGUUUGUAAAGACCUCGCCAGAAAACCGAAGACGGCGUGAUGCAAUCAGGUCCACCUGGGGCAAUGAAGAUUUCAUACGUUCCCAGUAUGCUGCCAACAUCAAGGUCAUGUUUGCUCUUGGAGUAGAUCAGGACCCUAUAAAACGCAAUCUGCAACAGAAGCAGCUCGAAAUGGAAAACAAAGUCUAUCAUGACUUGAUACAGCAAGAGUUCCUGGACACAUUUCACAAUUUAACUCUAAAGUUACUCCUGCAGUUUGGAUGGGUGAAUACAUACUGUCGCGAUGCAAAGUUUAUUAUGACAGCAGAUGAUGACAUCUUUGUUCAUACCCCCAAUUUGAUUUCAUACUUGAAAGAUAUGGAUCUAAUGGGUGUCCAAGAUUUCUGGAUUGGUAGAGUACAUCGUGGAUCGCCUCCAGUAAGGAACAAAAAUAGCAAGUAUUAUGUCCCAUAUAAAAUGUAUCCGUGGACUGCUUAUCCUGAUUACACUGCAGGGGCUGCCUAUGUCGUUUCUCGGGAUGUGGCAGCCAAAGUGUAUGAAGCAUCACAGACAUUAAAUACCAGCUUAUACAUCGAUGAUGUUUUCAUGGGAAUUUGUGCCAAUAAAAUGGGGAUUGUUCCUCAACAUCACUUGUUCUUUUCAGGGGAAGGUAAGGCGCCCUAUCACCAGUGCAUCUAUAACAGGAUGAUGACAUCUCAUGGACACAUUGAUGAUCUUUUUUCUUUGUGGAAGCAAGCCACUGAUCCUAAAGUGAAAGAUUUAACAUCUGGCUUCUGGGGACACGCCUACUGCAAGGUGGUUAACAUUCUGCUUCUUUGCAAGUUUCAAUAUGAUGGAACAUAUCCAUGUUCUGCUGCAUGGUCCUAAUGUUCUGCAUAAGUAUUUGUGGUUAGUUGGCCAAUUCUGGUGCUGGAUCAGAGACCUGCAAGUGAAAUCACUAUAUAGCUAAACUAACAUUCUUUCUGUGGGCACUAUUUUCAAAGGAAAACUGGGUCAAAGACAACUAAAUGGAUACAAAUUUACAUUCAUAGUUUGCACUAGCACAAGAACAUUUGGAAUAUGAUUCCUACAGGCAACACCUACUUUUUUUUUUUGCACAAGUUUGUGUGUGUUGCAUAAAUACAAACAUUCGGCGCUGUGCUACCUAAAACUAAGGAUAUGAUUGUUGGCCCAACUAAUGGGAAAUAAAAUCCAUGUCUAAGUGUUAAUUUCAAAGCCAGAGAUCUAAGGGAUUCUUAAUAUGUUUGGGUGCAAGUAAACCCUUGGCUUAAAUUACAUAUGAUUUAUCCAGCAAAUAAACCAAAGUGCUGCAUCUAA